AUGCUUAAGGAAGAUUAUGGUUACCCAGAUACUCUUGACUUUAGUGACAGAUAUAAAGAAGCUAUUAGAAAGUUCAAGGAAGGAAAUACUGACCCGAACCUAUUUAGCUUUAUGGUUGAGCAUCAAAUCGGAUAUAAUCUCAAACCUGGAAAAUACAAGCUCGCUAAGGGAUAUGAUUUAAUAGCAUAUCAUCCAAAUGACAUGAAUGAAUUUACUCCGAGAUAUUUGAUGUCAGAGCUAAAUGAUAAUUCAACUCUCUUCAUGAAACGCGUAAAAAAUAGAGACGGAACGAAAGAAGAAAGGUUUAUGAGUCCGGAUGACUUAGAUAGGGAACUUGUUAAAAACGGUCUCGGAAUAUAUGAAAUGCCAGCAGAUGAGGUACAAGAAACUCCACAGGAAGAAGUUCAGAUACAACCAGACAUGGAAGAAAUAGUUCAGCAACAACAGCUAGAAGAGCCUGAAGGAAACGAACAAGUCCCUCCUUUGGAAACUAACUUCACAGAACUAGAUGAAGAUUUGGAACAGCCGAAAAAUCUUGACCCUCAACAAGAGUAUGAGGUGAAUAUGGAAUCUUUCCAAGAGUCUAAGAAAAAUUCGGCUGACAUAGUAGAAGAAUAUCGAAAAAUGUUCACCGACAUACAAAAGACUCCAACAUCAGAUGAAAAUAUUCAGCA